AUGGAUAGUCAUCUACCUGCAAUUAAAGACGUGGUUUUAGACGAUACUAUAGGACAUGGAACGUUCGCACAGGUCAAAAGUGCACAUUUAGAAAUAGAUACGAGUGUCAUUAUUGCUGUUAAGUUUGUUCACAUUCCUACGUGUCAGAAGUAUGGUCUCAGUGAGAAAGAUGUAGUCGGUGAAGUCAUAUUACAGUCUAAAUGUUGCAAACAUCACAAUGUGCUUAAAGUAAUAGAUUGUAAUAUUGCACACGAUUAUCUAUGGAUUGCGAUGGAAAUGGCAGAUGGUGGUGACUUAUUCGACAAAAUUGAACCUGAUGUUGGAGUCGAUUCUGAAGUAGCACAAUUCUACUUCCAACAGUUGGUUAGCGCCGUUUCGUAUUUACACGAAGACUGUGGUGUUGCUCAUAGAGAUAUCAAGCCUGAAAAUCUACUAUUGGAUAAGAAUGGGAAUUUAAAACUGGCGGAUUUCGGAUUAGCCUCUAAAUUUAGACGUAAGGAUGGUUCCAAGAGAUUAUGUUACGAUCAAAGAGGUUCACCACAGUAUAUGGCACCUGAGAUUCUGCAUUAUGAUGAAUAUUAUGCAGAUGUGACAGACAUCUGGUCUAUCGGUGUGUUGGUAUUUGUGAUUCUGACAGGAGAAUUACCUUGGGACUUACCAGUUUUUGAGGAUGAGAAUUUCCGAUGCUUUAUGGAAAACAACGGUAAAUUAAAUGUAGGGCCAUGGGCUAAAAUAGAUUUUACACACCUAAACCUGUUGAGAAAGCUUUUACAACCCAAUCCCUUGGAAAGAGUUACUCUAAAAAACAUACAGCGGCAUCCAUGGUUCAAUUCCAAGGUGACAUUUGCAGAUGAUCGAGGCCUGUGUAAGAACCCUACGAUUUUAGCCAAGAAACUGCUGUCAAAUUUGAAAAUCUCACUAACUGAUGAUGACUACAUGAAAUUUACACAAACUGGUUAUGGUUCAGAGGGCGUUAUUAGUUCUACACAGCCUGUCAAGACAGAUAUUGCUGCCAUUGAACACGAUUCGGCAAAUGUGGAGGCAUUUGCCUUUACACAGAGACUUUUAUCCCAAUAUAAUGUUGGUGCAGGGCCUGCUAUGACGCAAGAGCCUAGAUGGACGCAAUAUUUGAACAAAGACAUUGCCUUUUCGCAGUUUCGUAAUGACGAUCCGCUGCUACCUUACGGACAGCAGCUGUUCAACCCAUUAAAACUUACAAAAUUCUAUACAGUGGAAGAAAUGGAAUUAGUACUCCCGAUGCUGGAAAAAGCAUUAAGGUUUGCAAAUAUUAAUGUUAGGCCUGAUCUAAACGGUCGUUUUACGGAUUUGUGUAAUAAACUGGGUUACAAUGGAGCAUUUCCUCUACACAUGAAUUUAAGGACUACAGAUAGAAGAGGUGCCAAUCUACAUGGAUUCGUCUCUAUUACAUUAAUCGAGGAGAAUUUAAAGUGCAUUAGUUUUGAAAGAAAAUCAGGAGAUCCACUGGAAUGGAGACGUCUUUUCAAAAAAAUUGCACUUUUCUGCAGAGAAUUGGUUCUAAUGCCAAACUAA